GAAACGAAGAUAGAAACGAGCGCAAGUUGAAAAUUAUACAAACCCGUCGUAGGUAAUAUAACAAUUCAUAAAAAAUUGCAGGCUACAUUUUUGUUUACUUAAUAUUUGAAGCGUGAAAAACAUUCAGAAACCAGAACCCAAAAGGCACCUAUGCAGGUGUCCUUUUCAUUGCCAAAGUCCAGUUGCCGAGAAUUGCCAGAAAUAGUAGAAAUACGAUUCUUGCGCAUAUCAAUAUCAAUUUGUCCAGGGGAUACAUAGAUAUUAGAUCCAAUAAAAAUGUCAAAUUUGCAACGCACCGUACUCAAAAAUCGUCUACCACCCACUGUCCCUGGUGGGCGCAUAGGUAGAAGUGAUUCAUUCAAAAAGUCUCGCAUUCGAGACUUUAAACCGGCGCUUUGGAGCGAUUUCUUUGCUGAAAAAGAAGAUGUCAUUUUAGAUGAAAAACGCACUUUUCGUGUAUACCGCACAAAGCAACCGCAAAAAGCUGGUCCAGUUCUGCUCCUAUUACAUGGCGGUGGAUAUUCGGGCUUGACGUGGUCGUAUUUUUGCGUGGAAAUUACUCGCAUUAUACAUUGCCAGUGUCUUGCAGUCGACCUUCGCGGACAUGGCGACACCAAGACGGAACACGAAGACGACCUUUCUUCAGAUACUCUCGCACAAGAUAUUGGGGAUCUUGUGCUAAAGCUUUACCCAGAGGAUAUCCCGCCUCUCUAUCUCGUCGGCCACUCUAUGGGCGGCGCUAUAGCCGUCCACUUUGCACACACAGCGCAAAUCCCAAGUAUAAUUGGUAUUACUGUAAUAGAUAUAGUCGAGGGCACUGCAAUGGAGGCUUUAGCAAGCAUGCAAAGCUUCCUACGUUCACGUCCCACUUACUUUAAGAGUAUACCAAGUGCCAUUGAAUGGUGCAUACGAAGUGGUCAAGUACGCAAUGUUGAUAGCGCAAAAGCCUCAAUGCCGGGACAAAUUAUUAAUUGCACAACGAAGCAGCUGGCUACCAAUGAGCUACCUCUAGCAGACGAUGAAAUUGAUGACGGCGCUGCAGCAAGUAGCUUUACACAUCCUUUCAGUAUUUCCGAAGACGAAGAAAUGGGAAAUGAUAAUGGAGGUGAGCCAACAACAUCCGUGGCCCCUACUGUAUCCGGCAGCGAAAAUGACGGUAGUUCCGAUUCGUCAGAUUUUAAAAAACCAUUUACUGCACAUGACGAGUCUCCAAAAAGAUAUACUUGGCGUAUUGACUUGUCAAAGUCAGAAAAAUACUGGGUAGGCUGGUUUACUGGAUUAAGUGAGAAAUUUCUAAAUUUGCGUGUUCCCAAGCAACUAUUGCUGGCCAGCAUUGACGGUUUGGAUAAGACGUUAAUAGUGGGCCAAAUGCAAGGACGCUUUCAGAUGCAAGUGCUGGCGCGAUGUGGACACGCUGUUCAUGAAGACCGUCCGCACGAAGUAGCCGAAGUGAUUAGUGCCUAUCUGAUACGCAAUCGGUUUGCUGAAGCGGCUGGUGAAUUCCACUUUCAUUUACCGACUUGUUAAAUUUUUCGCAGGCCAAAUCAACAGUAAAGUGAAAUUGAUUGAAUUGAGAAGCUUAAUUAGUUAAGUUUUUAAUCUUAAACCAUAUGGAUGUUUUAAAAACAAGAUCAAUAUAUUGGAAAAAUAUUAAUAUUUAAAACCUGUAUUGCUAAAUUGAAGAAAUUUAAAUAAAUUAUUUAAAUCAGUUGAA